UAUAAAUGACGGAGCGGCCCGCUCACGCCUCCUCCACUGACAUAAUCCAAGAUGGCGGCCACCGUUGGAAACCUGCUCAGGACGUCUGCGAGGGUUGCAGCAGGAGGGCUGAAAGUCGCAGCAGCCCGUCAGCAUGCAGCCUGUGGAGCUGCAAGAGUCCUGGCUGCUCCUGCACUGCAGAGAACCUGUUUCUCCACCACCACGUCCAGAUGGGCCCCUGCUGUCACUCAGCCUGCUCCUGCUUUCAAGGCCACAGCUGUCCACAAUGGGGAGUUUAAGGAGAUGAGUCUCGCUGACUUCAAGGGCAAAUACCUGGUUCUUUUCUUCUACCCUCUGGAUUUCACGUUCGUGUGCCCGACGGAGAUCAUCGCGUUCAGCGACAAGGCCAACGAGUUCCACGACGUCAACUGUGAGGUGGUGGGAGUGUCUGUGGACUCUCACUUCACCCACCUGGCGUGGAUCAAUACUCCAAGAAAGACUGGAGGCCUGGGCCACAUCCACAUCCCACUACUGUCAGACCUCAACAAGCAGAUCUCCAGAGACUACGGGGUGCUGCUGGAGGGUCCAGGCAUCGCACUCAGAGGCCUGUUCAUCAUUGAUCCAAACGGCAUCGUGAAGCACCUGAGCGUGAACGACCUGCCGGUGGGCCGUUGCGUAGAAGAAACCCUCCGUCUGGUGAAGGCUUUCCAGUUUGUGGAGACUCAUGGAGAGGUGUGUCCGGCCAGCUGGACCCCCAAGUCCCCAACGAUCAAACCAACCCCAGAGGGAUCGAAGGAGUACUUUGAAAAAGUCAACUGAAGAGUUCAUCAGCUGAAACAGCAAAUGAUUCAAACCUAAAACACAUAGCUCUGUUAGUUUGUCAUUUAUAAGAUGUAUUUACUCAGACACAGCUGGUUAUACCAAUAAAUCUAUUCUUGUUAAACGACA